AUGCGCUUUCUCGCCCUUCCCCUCGCGCUUGGCGGCCUCAGCUCUGCCGCCGUCGUCUCCAGCAGCUGCAAGACGUUCCCCGGCGACAAGUCAUGGCCAACGGGCGCCGACUGGUCCAACUUCAACGCUACCGUCGGAGGACGUCUGGUGGCUACUGUACCGCUGGGUGCGCCAUGCCACGGCGCCGCCUUCAAUCCCGCCGUGUGCGACACGCUCAAGAGCCAAUGGCGGACGGAGAAGAUCCACUACGACUCGUCCUCAUCCGUCAUGGCGCCCUUCUUUGCAAACCAGAGCUGUGAUCCAUUCCAGCCUCGCCAACGCCCGUGCAAGCUGGGCAAUUACGUGCGGUAUGCCGUCAAGGCAUCGGGACCCCAGGAUAUCCAGCGUACUGUUGCGUAUGCCGCACAGAAGAACAUCCGACUCGUAAUCCGUAACACUGCUCAUGAUUACCUGGGCCGCUCCACUGGCGCCGGCGCCCUAGCCGUGUGGACCCACCAUCUCAAGGACAUCACUUACAUUCCAGAAUUCUGUAGCUCUGCCUACUCGGGCCCAGCCUUCAAGGUUGGUGCCGGCGUGCAGGGUUUCGAGUUGAUGGCCGCUGCGCGAGACUACGGACUUGUCACUGUAGGAGGCGAAUGCCCGACGGUUGGCGUUGCUGGCGGCUACACCCAGGGCGGUGGCCAUUCGGCCAUCAGUACCAGCUUUGGCCUCGCUGUCGACAAUGCCCUCGAAUUCCAAGUCGUUACAGCUGCUGCCAAGCUCGUGAAUGCCAGCCCCGUCGAGAACCCGGACCUGUACUGGGCGCUCAAGGGCGGCGGCGGCAGCACAUAUGGCAUCGUUGUCUCCAUGACGAUCAAGGCCCACAAAGCAGCUGUCUUUGGAGGCGCCACCGUCAACUUCAACACAGCAAACAACAACCAGGCCGCCUUCUACGAUGGUAUCCAGGCCUUCCACGAGGAGCUGCCUGCCAUGGUCGAUGCCGGUGCCAUGGUAGUCCACUACUUUACCUCUGAGUUCUUCGCCAUCUCCCCGCUCACCGCGUACAACAAGACCGAGGCCGACGUCAAGACCAUGCUUGCGCCCUUUCUCAACCGCCUGGACACUCUGGGCAUCAAAUCCACCGUCACGUACAGUGCGUCCAAAGACUACUACGACCACUUUGACAAGUACUUUGGCCCGCUGCCCCUCGGCAACAUCAAGGUCGGCAUUGCGCAGUACGGCGCGCGCCUGAUUCCCCGCGCCCUUAUCGGCAACAUUACCUCGACAUGGAAAUCGGUUGUUGAGAAGGGCGUAACGUGGAUCGGUGUCGGCACAGACGUCGGACGCUUUGGCUCCGAGAAGACGACAUCGGUUCAUCCCGCGUGGCGCAAGGCCAUUGUGCAUGCCACUCUCACGCUUCCCUGGAACUUCACCGCCCCCUGGUCCGAGGCGUUCCAGACGCAGCGCAAGAUGACGAAUGAGAUCAUGCCCAUGGUCGAAGCAGCCACCCCCGGCAGCGGUUCCUACGUCAACGAGGCCGACUUCCGCCAGCCAAACUUCCAGUCCGUCUUCUGGGGCUCAAACUACCAGAAGCUGCUUGCUAUCAAGAAGAAAUGGGAUCCGUCCAACUUUUUCUACGCUACCGUCGGAGUGGGUAGUGAGGCCUGGACCGUCAGGAAUGAUGGUCGCAUGUGUCGGGCGAAAUAG